AUGGCGGCUCAAACUGUAAGCGUAGAAGAGCCUGAAUUACCCGAAGAAGUCACCGAGUCGCUGGAAACGUUCCACGAAGCUUUGGGAAAAGUUGAUGAUACAUUUAAGUCCCUUCUGGAGACUUCAGUCGAUGACCUUAAGGAAAAGGUUCGGUUACAUCUUCAGUUUAUUUGAAAUUUGACCGUGAGUUAAGAUUUGCCUUCAAUGCCAUGUGCUUCGUAUAAAGAAGAAUUAUUCUUAGUCAUGAUUGUUACUCGUACUUCAUAGCCAUGUUAAACAGAAAAAGGAAUUUUUUUUGUGAAGGAGUUGUGUUAAUAUGAAUCAUUUUGAUAUGAUGCGAUCUUGUGUUUACGGGCCGGGUUGCCUGAUGAUGAAAUAUGGAAUCCGGAAUGCGGAAUCCGAAAUCCGGAACAGCGAUCGAAAUUUAGGAAGGUUAGAAAAUUAUUACUUCCAAUACGAAGAAGAGUAAACCAGUUUAGCUAAACUAUUUGUUCACAAGGCACAAAUUGUACUUGAUUCUGAGACAUUUUUCCACUUUGAAAGUACAUCAACUGUAUUUAUACUUAGUGAAGUAAAAGUACAUGUGUUUGCCUUUCCUUCCAGAUGAAUCCUUUACAAAGUGCAAAACUGGAUUUAGUUGUUGCAUAUGCCAUAAACUCUAUGUUCUGGAGUAAGUAUCAUGUACAUGUAAGUGGUUGUAUGAAAACAAAAUGUGUGUGAUUUAUCAGGAGAAAUAUCUACUGUAGAUUGCAUCUGCAUUACGUUCCUAUUGUCAGUACCUGCAUGGGGAUGUAAUGUCUAAUAUACACUUAGUGAAUCUGUAUUGAUAUGUUUUUGGAAGUGGUGUGAGAUCUCACCUCUAGAGUUGCUAAUUUUUCUUAAAGAGAAGUUAGUUGACAAUAGACUACAACUUAAUUGGAAUGAAACGUUGAUGUCCAAACUGAUUUUUUUUUAUGUGCAUCAACAGUGUAUUUGACAACUCAAGGAGUUAACCCACGCCAGCAUCCUGUAAAAUCUGAACUGGUUUGUAAACUGUUAUUGAUAACAAACACUUACUGUGUAGAUGUAAGACAUAUUAUUGUUUCAAUGCUCUGAUCUGCUCUUUCAGGACCCCUUGUAAAUUUACACAUGUGGUGUAAGAGCAACUACUUACAGUACAUUGCGCACAGUAUGACAUUGUAAAACGUGCCUGAAAAUGGUAGCACAAAAUAUUUGUUUCUCCAAGUGCUGUUCACAUAAAUGUGCAUACAUGUCUGUAUCUAUCUAUCUAUCUAAGCCCAUCACUUCUCCUGGGGCAUAGGUUGUCAACAACUGUGUGCCAGAGUUCUUUGUUCUGGGCAAUCCUUUCUAAUAAGCUAUAUGAGUGGCCAGUCUUUCUGAUGUCAACCUCGAGGUCACAACGCCAAGUGUUCCUUGGUCUGCCUCUCUAUUUCUCUUAUGCAGGGGAUUCCAGUAGAGAGCCUGUCUUGUGACACUUGAUGUUGUACAUACAUUUACCUUCCCUUUGUUUGUUUCAGGAUAGAAUAAAGAAAUACAUGGGUAAAGUAAAAGAAGCUACUGAAAAGAAGGAAGGUACAAAUUAGUGGCUUUUGUUUUUCCAUUUCAUCAACAGACAGCACUUUAGAAUUAGUUUGCCCAUAACAGUUAACUGAUCCUUUAUGUGUUUAUACUCUGUCAACAGUUCACUGCUGUACGUAUGUACAGCAGCCUCUCUGGACCAUAGGAUGGCUCACUUGCUUAGAAAGGAGCCGGGCAUGUUGUUUUGUUUAUACUAACAUUCUCUAGAUGUUGUAGAACACUAUUUGCAUUUAUUUUCAUUUACAUACACUUGUUCUUGUUGUAGCUAACUCUCAAGACAUUGCGCAGACUUUGCUUGCAUAUUUAGUCAGUUAGAGCUAGCAUAAUCGUAUUUCUGUAUUAGUUGUUUCUUUGCUGUAAUUGACUGAGGCAAAGGGAAAGAAAGGUUCCCAUGAUCUUUGACUACAUCUGAGAUUUCAGUUCUUAAAAUGAAAGUGAAGCCCCUUGCCAAAAAGCAAAAAAAAAAGAUAAAUAGAGAAACAUAGAAACAUUGAUUUAAUUGUCAAUCCAUAGCAAAAGUGCUUGUCUUUUAGACACUGAAUGAAAUAGAGUGUGAAAAAUUCAUUUGAUUUCAGAAUUUUUUAUUCAUUUUUACAAGCCUCCUCCCUCCCUGGCCUCCUGAAAGUCCAAAAAAUUUGAAUUUCAGCUGCAGGGUUACAAAGAAAAAAAAUUGACAAUACAUUUAGGGAAGGCAGGAAACAAUAGACAGGGAUGUAAACAGGUUGCAAAAUGAGGGAGUACUAUUCACAGUUAAACCUGUAUUAAGCAGCAGGGUAUUAAAUGGUCACCCUGUAUUUAGCUGUUGGUUAUUAAUGUCCUAACAUUUUCCCCCCUUUAUCACUGUAAUUCUCAUGUCUGUUUAGCAGUCACCUCUAUCAAGCAGUUUCAGGUCCACUUUACUAAGUCUUAAUGACCUGUUUGUAUUGUCUUCCAUCUGUAUUGAAUAAUAACCCUUCAAAUAGAACUAAAAACAAUUUAAUCAAUGUUUCUCUCCUGAAAUUAAAUUUAGAAGUAGUAGUCAUAGUAUUUUUUUAACAAGUUUUUGUACAUAAAGUAAUCAAUCUAUGGUCAAUUUAUGGUUUUCUAUGUUACCCCUAUUUUGUGGAACCUGUAUUAAGUGGUCAUCUUGCAUUAAUGAUGGUAAGAGAGUUUUCACAAUUGAACACUCUAAUCACUUUAUUGGAUUUUGUUAUGAAUUUCUAUUUUUACUUUCCUUAAUAUAUUGUAAACCACAAGUUGAAGGCAAAUAUAUCUUUUAAUUAUGUAUUGAUGUAUAUUUAUUUACAUGAUUGUAUUUCUUUUAUUAGCUUCUUUAAGAAUAGACAAAGGUGCUGCAAAGAGAUUUGUCAAGAGUGCUUUAUGGCAACCAGAUACUGGUAAGCAACUUUACUCUCUUUCACAUUCUUUGAUUGGUUCUUAAGACACCAGAAUUUGUUUUUGCCUUUUGAUUGGCUUGACACUCUGUGAGGGUUCAUUGACAACCUGGGGCUCUACAUGUGUGUCAUGCCAGCUGGGAUUGUGAAUAUUUCCAGUAUUAUUUCCUUUGUUUAUGUUGUAUUUUAUCUUUUUUAUGUGCAUUGUUUUUACAUUUCAACCCUUUACACACUAACAUCAGUAUGCAUACUCUCCAUACUUUCUCUAUACUUUUCUUGGGGUUCUAAAAAGGAGAAUUUGUUCAACAAUCAAGAGCUUCUUUAGUUGUUGAUCAUUACCCUUAUUCUCAUGACCUUAAUGUUUUAUUCAGGGCUGAUAUUGCAAGGAGAAAGUAGAUGCCAGUCACUCUUAGGGGUUAAAGUGUUAAGAAGUACAUUGGUGUGGAAAAGAGCCAAUUAGAGAAAGGGAUAAUAGAUCUAUUGUUUAUUAAACAACAAAGACAUAGAAAACAACUAAACAAGUAAUAAACAAACAAACAAAAAAUGUUCUUCCUUUUGGAAUUUUUUUUUUUCAGUUUUGAGUAAGUUAGAGCUUACUUUUAAUGUUUUCUUGGAUCAUGUUCAGUCCACUUUUUUGUUAUUUUCUUUUUGUUUUUUGGUUUACUUGUAUGUUUUGUUGUUUGGUACCAGUCAUUAUUUACUCCUACUUGCAAGUGGGAGAUCUCCAAAUCAAAAGGUCUGGGUUGGAACCCUGAGUGGGUCAUCUUGUUUGUUAAAAUACAGGAACUAUCAGAUUUCACUCUCCCGUGGCCUCUGUAUUUCCACCCAGGAACAUCAAGAAAACUUGAUUAACCAAGAGAUUAAUCACAUCAUGUCCUGGGGGAAGGCAAUAUUCCUACCUGUAGUUGCUUCAGCCUGCUUCAAACUGGGUAUAAGGUCCAGCAGUGGGGUGCAACUAGGCUGUUAUAAGACUUGACCCAUAAACGGACCUUACGUGUACUUCAAAAUGGUGACAACUUUUGUGUUCUUAAUGUCUACGAUAAGUAGCCCUCUUUGCCUAGCUCACAUCCUCUGAAUUGCAAAGGAAUCUUUGGCUUGAAAUGAGGUGAAGAGAGCCGAUUGUAAUUUAGACAAAACAAUGGUCAUUUUUCUCCAGUGUAGAACAGGGCGUAUUUGUAUUUACAUGUAAUUUGAAAUUUGUUCCAAGAUAAAGGCGCGACUUCGGAGACAUCACAGAAGGAAGUAGAAACCCCACAUGAAGAAGGUGAGGACGAUCGUGUUUUAUUUGUUUGUAAUUAUGUUUUGGACUUUCUUGUCGUCAUUAUCUUCAUCGUCGUCAUCACAAUUGUCAUUACUGUUGUCGUUGUUUCAGUGGAUUUUAUUUAUAGUGGAUGGAGAGUUCUUCUUUGAUCUAGCUGUUGAAAAAAUUAAGAGAGGAACGAUCAAGUACAAAUGUUUAUUUCCAGCAUCUGUCCACUCUAAAUAUACUGCAAUUUACUUCUUGCACCUACGUGCCCUUGACGAUUGUGGCGUAUUUUGUUUUUCUUCAGAAUCAAAGAAGUCUGAGAAACGAAAAAGUGAAGGGAAACUUGCCAAGUCUACCGAAAAGAAGAAGAAGAGGAAGCGUUAGGAGCAAGGACAAAUUAAAUCUUUCACCUAGCCUAGAUUUCAAAGAACUGUUACAUCAAUUUUGGAGGAAAAUUGUGCGAUUUACCCAAGAAUUGUUUUUCGCGAUGUACUAUGCACUCACAG